GUAUGCAUUUCACAGUUCCUCCUGGUUGGUGGCUGGCAAAGCUGACCCUGCUACUCCUGGGAGAGUGCACUACCACCCGGAUUCCCCGGCGAGGGGAGCUCAGUGGAUGAAGCAAAUUGUGUCCUUUGACAAAUUGAAGCUGACGAACAAUUUAUUGGACGACAAUGGGCAUAUCAUUUUGAACUCCAUGCACAGAUACCAGCCCCGUUUCCACGUAGUUUACGUGGACCCACGGAAAGACAGUGAGAAGUACGCGGAGGAGAACUUUAAGACUUUUGUCUUUGAGGAGACCCGAUUCACCGCCGUCACAGCCUACCAAAACCAUCGGAUAACCCAGCUUAAGAUCGCCAGUAAUCCAUUUGCAAAAGGUUUCCGGGAUUGCGACCCUGAAGAUUG